UAUAUUCUCCAUAAAAAUUUUUAUUUAUGUGUUUAUAUUCAUAAAUGUUGGAUCACUACUUAUAAUUGGAAACACCACAAACAAAACAACAGGUUGGGAUGAAUGCUUCCUGGCAACAAAAGAAUCUAACAGAAUACUGCAAAGCCAAGGGUAUAAUUGUAACUGCAUAUUCUCCUUUGGGAGCAAAAGGAACCUUUUGGGAUAGUAACGAUGUUAUGGAUAGUGAAUUGCUCAAGGACGUUGCACAAGCUCAUGGGAAAACUGUUGCUCAGGUGAGCCUUAGGUGGUUGUACGAACAGGAUGUAACUAUUGCGGUGAAGAGCUAUAAUAAAGAGAGAAUGAAAGAAAACUUAGAAAUAUUUGAUUUUUCACUUACCAAUGAUGACUAUCAAAAGAUUAAUCAAAUCAAACAGACGCGGAAAGGAAGUAAUGGUCCAACUACACUUGUUAUAGUUGACCUAUUUGAUGGAGAAAAUUAGAUAUGUAUUCACAACAAAACAUUCUUACUUUAGUUUUAGUUUCAGCAUUUUUAGGUGAAAAUUCAGGUGCAGUCAAUUUCCCAUGAAGUUGAUAGUUGAGAAAGUUGUUAGAGAAAAAUUUAGUCAAAUCAUCUAACGACUCUCAGUUAUCAACUUCACGUAAAGUUAACUGCAACCGAGUUUUCACCACAUUUUUAUUACUACAAUAAAUCCACCUUCUCAUCCAGUUUCAAAGACUUGUACUAGUUUUGGGAUGCAUGGUGCUUUAUUA